AUGCGGCGAAUACGUAGACUACCUAGAACGAGGCCCAAUUUUUCCCUUGCGAACCCCCACUUCUCCGCCUUUGCUAGGUGCCGACCGUCAAACGCCGCGGUCCGCUUUGAAUGGGUGAAGUCCUGCAUCCUUCACAGCCUUCCGUCUCGUCCACUGCGCAUUUUGGUGGAGGUCAACAGCAUCCUGACGCAUGCAGAGGAAGAUUUCGAGGCUCCGCGAGAAUCUGAUGGUGGUGGUCGUGGCUACCUAGCAUCCACCUAUCCGACGACAAUACCCUUACCCUACCUUACCUUACUUACCGAAGACGGCUCGAACCGGAAGCCGGGAGGGAUGGAGACUAGUACCAAGUCGCCAUCGCCUGCCAACAACAACAACAUCAACAACAACAUCAACAACAACAUCAACAACAACAACAUCAACAACAGCAAUGCGCGACACAAAUGCCAUCUGUGCAGUAGAUCGUACGAGAGACAUGAUCACCUCAACCGCCAUCUCAAAUCCCACGAGAAUGAUCGGCAGUACAAGUGUGUGCAAUGUGGCAAAGGCUUCAACCGAGCCGACCUGCUCAAUCGUCACCGCGCCGCCCAUGCGAAGACAUCUGCCGAUGAGGCCUUUCGUAAGAGGACUCCACGGGCGUGCGAGCCAUGUAUCAAAGCCAAGACGCGCUGCGACGACGAGAGACCGUGCAAGCGAUGCAAAACCCGGGAUCUAAGCUGCCAGGAAACUGAUGGCCGCAAGAACUCCAUGCCAGAGUCUCCUGGGGCUAAUCAAGCAGAGUGCUCGUCUCAUCCUGGGCAGAUGCCCCCUAGGCCAGUGCAACUAGAUCAUUUCAGCCCUCAAAAUGACCUGAUGGAUGUGACCACAUACCAAUUCAAUGGCGAUGAUGCUUUUGGUUCGAGUAUCGCAGCACCAGACUUUGGCUUCCCGGAUUUCUUUGAGCAAAYCAUGAUGCCUGAUGUUGGCAACGUUGGCGAUCACAUUCCCUUCUCAAUGCCUCCAAACGUAGCCGACUUCACAACGCAAGACUGGCCCACCGAUGCCCUCGACUUUGAUUUCACCUUUUUAGCAAGUGGUCUGGAGAACCAUCCACCUGACAACGGCCACAAUGCGGUGAGCGARUCUGGUGUAACCGUUUCAACGCUACAUUCCGAUCCAGAAGCACGCUCUGCAAUCUUCAAAAAGCGGCCUUGGUCUUGGAUACCGCAGUGUAACCAAGGCGUUUGGGAAGGGCAAAGUGAAAUUGAUGUUCGGGAACAUCGCGUCAAUGCCUCGGAUCAGCACGUCAGCCCCGGGAUCAAACAAUCAGUCCAUUAUAGUCUGGAGCAAGAAGCUCGAGAUCGCAUGAUCCGAGUGGUGACCAAGGUCGCAGACUCCAGGCUUUCCAUCGCUUCAUUUCCCCCCCUCCAGCUCUUGGAAGAUCUCGUCAACAUAUGCAUGCUUCAGGAUAGCAUUUCAAUCGGAAGCUACCUGCACGCGCCUUCGUUCAAUAGCCGAGAAAUGAGGACCGAGCUUUUGCUCGCCAUGGUAUCAAGAGGAUCAAGAUACGUAGCACUAGCGCCCGUCUGGAAGAUGGGUCUGAUCCUGCAGGAGGUUGCUCGUCUUGCACUUGCGCAAGUCUACGAAGAAGAUAACAGCACCACACGCGAGCUACAAGCUGUUCAGGCUUACGCAAUGUGGCUCGCAGUAGGCGUGUUUUCUGGUAUUCACCGCAAAGUUGAGAUUGCAAUCUCCUUCUUACAACCGCUAGUCACGAUGCUAUUUGCCUCGAACGCUUUUGUGCGAUCUCGAUAUCAUGAGGUGGUGCCAGCUGCAGAAGAUACGGACGAACAACUCACGACCAAAUGGAAGGCUUGGGCUGCACAAGAGAGUUUGAAAAGGCUGGUGAUACAAACCUUCAUCUACGACUCCCAGGCAGCCUUCUAUCAUCUGGAACAAAACAGACUCAUAUCCCCCGCACAGAUGAUGCUACCGGUACCUGCAUCUCGUGAUGUAUUUGAAGCACCGGAUGCACAUGCCUGGCGAGACGCGUUGCUCACCAAAAGCAACACGUCUUCGGUGACACUGCCAUCGAUGAAGGAGCUCUUUGCAAACCCGCCAUCUCUCAACGGGCUGGGUGAUGCGGUGGAUCGGAAUCUAUGUCUGCUAGCAUCAUGUCAUGCAAUUGCGCACGAGGUAUGGCACUUUCGACAACAGUCCCAGUCCUUGUCCGGCUGGCAGGCGCAGGGACGGCAGGAUCGAUGGCUGGGACACUUGAAUCGGAAGAAGGAUUUGCUCGAUGAUCUGGCCACGAUCAGUGACUACUGCGAGCUGAAUGAUGCAACGCCAGUGGAAGUGCUGUUCACGACUGAAUUUCUCACGAUGAUUCUGCACGUCUCUUUGGAAGACAUCCUCCUAUUCUCCGGCAAGUCCGGGGAGGAAGAGGCUAGGAGGGUCUUUCCACGCAUCUGCGCUUGGAGCAAAGAUGCGGAAUCUAGAGCCGCCGUCUGGAGCGCAGGCCAGGUUCUGCGCUUAGCACGCACGUUCGAGAUGACAAGACUCCGCGACUGGUAUGCCAUUGCAGUAUAUCAAAGCACUCUCACGCUCUGGGUAUACGGGAUUGUAAACUCUCACGCCGCACGGAAGAGCGGUAUUCAGACUCCGGACGAAGCCACUCUGCUUCCUAGCGACCAUCUCAUCGGCGCCAGCACCCGAGUAUUUCUAGACGACACGAAUCCUAGGGCCGCAAAGUCCUUCAAGCUAUUGGGCCAGGGUACUCCAGGAUUGAAGUCCCUGAUAUCACCACACUCAACAUCCGACAAUAACUACGCAUUCUGCUCGUUGCGUAAUCACAAAGGGGUCAUGAAAGUGGCCGAAUACAUACUCAAGCACAACUUUCCGGAGAGUCAAGAUGGUCUGCCACCUCUCGUCGAGAACCUGGCCAAACUUAUGAACGAUCUAGGGAAGUUAUCAGGGAGAUAG